AACAGAAUUAAAAAAGUCACUUCUGUUGAUAACACUGUUUUGACAAUCAUUAGCGAUGAUUUGGUUGUCGGAACGACAAAAGUUCGGAGUCGGAUUCACCGCCGGUGGAUUCAUCUUUUUCCUAUUCGGCAUUAUGACAUUCUUUGAUUCGGGAUUAUUGGCCUUGGGUAAUAUUCUCUUUUUAGUGGGACUUGUCCUUAUCAUUGGACCUCAAAGGACUGUAACGUUUUUCACCAGGCCAACUAAAUUAAGAGGUACAUUAUGUUUUGCAUUAGGUAUCCUUUUGAUUCUUAUGAAACACGCCUUCAUUGGGUUUGUAUUGGAAAGUUUUGGUAUUUUGGGAUUAUUUGGUGACUUCUUUGGUACCAUAGUUCAAUUCUUAAGAUCAAUUCCUUACAUUGGAGACUUAUUAAGCCAUCCGUAUCUUGCACCAACCAUUGAUAGAUUAGCUGGUAUUGAUACUUUACCUGUUUAGGACGAGUGUUUGUAGUUUUACUAUUUGUACUAUAGAAGAGUUUAUAUGAAUACUAUACUAAUUAAUUGUAAUAUUUAUUAUUAAGAAAUACUCGUAAUAGUAGUAAUAGUAGUAGUAACAGUAGUAGUAGUAAUUGUUGUUAUAGUCAUUUGAAAUAUAGAGAGUCAUGUGAUAAGUCAUGCGUUUCUCACGUGCUGGAUCACAUGCUUCUCAUGUGAAUUUCUGACAUUCCAAACAUUUUGAUUCAUGCAUGAACUGCAAACUCAACAAGUUAAGCGCAAAUGGUUUAGUGGUAAAAUCCAACGUUGCCAUCGUUGGGCCCCCGGUUCGAUUCCGGGUUUGCGCAUUUCUUUUUU